AUGUCCCUUCCAACCAGUCCUCUCGGCCGCGACGGGCCAGAAGUCACCCGUAUCGGGUUCGGCUUGAUGGGUCUCAGCUCUUACUACGGGGUGCCGCUAGCACAUGAAAGAGGGCUUGACCUCCUGGAUCAGGCCUAUGCGCUUGGAGAGCGAUUCUGGGAUACAGCGGAUGUCUACGGAGACAACGAAGACCUUCUUGGUAAAUGGUUCAAGGCGAACCAGGACAAGCGCAAUGGUGUGUUUCUGGCGACUAAACUCGGAGUUCGGGCAAAGCCAGAUGGGACCAUCGGCGCCGACUCAUCGUAUGAGUAUUGUCUCGCUGCGUGUGAGCGGUCUUUGAAAAGGCUGGGUCUGUCCACGAUGCCCGUUGAAGAGACGAUCCGUGCUAUGGUACAGUUGAAGGAACAGGGCAAGAUUCGGUACCUUGGCCUGAGCGAUUGCAGUGCCGAGUCUCUGCGGCGCGCGCAUAAGAUCCACCCGAUAUCCGCUGUACAAGUGGAGUAUACCCCCUUCUCAUUGGACGUGGAAAGUCUGCAAAUUCGAUUACUAGAGACUUGCAGAGAGCUCGGCGUCGCCUUGGUGGCGGGUUUUCGUACGAUGCUUCCGCGCUUCACAAAAGAGAAUCUCCCGAAAACCCUUAAAUUGGUGGACAAAAUUACUGCUUUGGCUAAGGACAAGAAUGUGACCACUUCCCAGUUGAGUCUCGCUUGGUUGCUUGCCCAGGGGCCGGAUGUAUUUCCAAUUCCUGGAACCACUAAAAUGGAGAGAUUGAAAGAGAGCCUUGGGGCGUUGUCGGUUCAAAUGUUCGUGGUUGAUGAUGCGAGGUUUCGACGUGCUGUGAAUGACGCCGAUAUCCAGGGUGACAGGUACCCGGAAGCUUUUUCGUCCACCCUGUUCGUAGACACGCCACCGCUUAACUCUUAG